AUGGCAACAGAAGAAGACUUCUCCUUCGCCUUCGACAAUAUGGCCUUUUCUGACCGUUUACUGCGAAUAGAGAUCAUGUCUGACGUUAUUUAUGAUAGACAAUACUUUUCACCCAAUUCAAUACCUUCUAUAUUCAAAGACCCUUUCCAGACAUCUUCAGAUGAAAAUGAUGCGAAUGGAAAUGAUUUUACUACCAAGAUGGAUUGCUUUUCAUCAGCCGAAGUCAUUAAUGUGCAUGUCAGCUCAGCAAUAUUAGCUGCAAAAAGCCCAUAUUUCUACAAUCUUUUUUCAAAUGGUACAGUUGGAUCAAAGCAAACAGUUAUCACUCUUCAUUUGAGUAGUGCAGAAGGAGAGGCCUUCAUGGAUCUACUAAACUUUAUGUACUGUGGAAAACUCAAAACUGAGACAACAAUUGCAUUGUUGGAUGUGUUGAUGGUUGCCAACAAAUUUGAGGUUGCAUCAUGUGUUCCUUACUGCAUCGAUGCCUUGAGCCCGCCAAUAACAGUAGAAAAUGCAUUACUUUUUCUGGGCCUCCCUUCCAACAUUCGUAUGGUUGAUGCAGUUCAACCAUUGAUAAUUACUGCCAAAAGAUUUCUUGUCAAGAACUUUAUGAUGAUGCAAGGCUUUGAGGGAGAAAUAUCUUUGCCCAUCCUUCAAGAAAUUUUGUCUAGUGAUGAAUUGCAAGUUAGAUCAGAAGAUAUCCUUUAUGAUUUUGUUAUGGAGUGGACUAGAAAGAAUUAUUCAGAUGAUGUUGAAAGGAGAGAAGUGUUGAACAAGAAUCUAAUAUUCUUGUUACGUUUGCCCUACCUGUCUGAAGAGAAGCUGAAAGAAAUCUUUUCAAGUAAAGAUAUUGAUUGUGUGGGUACAUUUAAACUAAUUUCUGAGGCACUUCUUUACAAAGAAGAAGCUCCAUAUAGAAGGAAGAGUCACAGCUCACAAGAACUUCACCAUGAGAUGUUUUGUGAACGAUCUUACAUUAAUAAAACUAUCAGAAUUGUGAAGAUUAAUACACCUCGCAAGGAGUGCAUGAUAUUCUGGAAUAUCAAAAGAGAUGAAUGCUUAAAACUACGUGAUAAACCUGAUUCUUUAGUAUCUCAACUUAUCUACUUUGGAGACAAAUUAUUUCUUGUUAAAGCUUUUACUCCAAUGAAUAAGGUAGGUUUGCCUAUCUCCUUUGGACUAUGCGUUCAAAUGGCAAGCAACGCUGAGAUUACUAUGGAGUAUAUAUUUUCUUGUCGUUUAAAUCCUUCAUGUAACUUUGUCAUGAGGUCCCGUGCCACUGAGAAUUUGUGUUAUAAAAAGAUGGUUGGUCCUCCAGACCUCCUUGGUAUGAAUUGGUCAGAAUUCAUAUCCGACAAGAAUUCAUACUUUAUAGACAAUGUUCUCUACUUGCGUAUUUUGCUUAUUCUGAGGACGUAG